UAUUACACGCUAUAAAACCAACCGAAUUACUUCCUCCGAGAUCCUCCCGUUGCUUCGUCUUCGAUCUUUAGCCUAGUCCUAUCAUCUCGGCAAACCAGAGUAUACCCUAUCGCCAUGGUCAACACAACUUCCUCUAUCGGAAUCAACCUCGACGGUUGUUCAUCUGGCCCGCAUGGACCGAUCACCGGAUCUCCUCAGGAGAGAGAUAGCAUGCGGGACCAACGUCUCGCCAUGGCACAGCAACCAGGAACAGACAGCUUUACCGAACGCCACCUCAGCGGUAGAGCUGGUUCUCACGACCACAAAGCAACUAUGAAAGAAAAGCUUGCGGACCUAACAACCCGACUCCCUUCGACUUCGACCACGACGAAGGGAUCGAUCAACGGCAGUGGCAGUUCCACGUAGCCACCUUUAUGCUGCAAUGCUACAAUACAACUUGACGACUAUUAUGUACAAUACCGCUCAUCUGGCAGACGCGUGCCAGAAGCGGAUGUGAUACCAUUUACUACUGCAUGAAUACUUGGGCGGCAAGGAGUGAUUGACUGGUUAUCC